GCGGAAGCGGAUUUCGGGAGCGAAGGUCCCCUCGGGGUUUACCUAAAGAGGCAUUUCUUGAUACAUUUAUCUCGAUUGGGACCCAAGUUAAUCAGAUUUGUCCUUUGGAUUACAAAACUGCAUUAAAAGAGAGUUCACCAUCAAAAUGAUGCAUUUUCUAGAAAGAGAAAGAAGCUCUGAACUCUGGAAUGUUGUGUCAGCAUCCUCAAUAAAUAUUUGGUUUCACUGGAUUUUCCGUCUGUUUGGGUUCUGCUUUGCCUCCUGUUGCUUGGACUGUGUGUAAGUGAAAACCCAGAAGUCAGCUGGCAGCUGAGCUAGUUACAAUGGAAUCACAGGAAUCAGUGACCUUCAAGGAUGUAGCUGUAGACUUCACCCAGGAAGAGUGGGCCCUACUGGACACAUCCCAGAAGAAACUAUUCAGAGAUGUGAUGCUAGAGAACAUCAGUCAUCUGGUCUCAGUUGGCAAUCAGCUCUACAAAUCAGAUGUGAUUUCCCAUUUGGAGCAAGGAGAGCAACUUUCAAGAGAAGGGUUAGGUUUUCUGCAAGGCCAGAGUCCAGUCAUUUCAGGUAGAGAAGAUGAUCUGAGAAAACAAGAAAUGAUAUCCAUGCAGCAUAUCUACAAGAAGGACACAUCUGUAAUCAGUGCAAUGCAGAGAUCUCACAGUCAAGAGGAUCCUUUGGAAUGCAAUGAUUUCAGAGAAAAGUUUACUGAAAUCUUAACAUUGGCUCAAUAUGUGAUACCUCAAGUGGGAAAGAAACCCUUUAUCAGCCAAGAUUUUGGAAAAGCCAUCAGUUACUUGUCAUCCUUUAAUAUACAUAAGCACAUUCAUGCUAGAAGUAAAUCAUAUGAAUGUCAUCAACGUACGAAUGCCUUUAUUCAAAGUUCUGCCCUUAGGCAGCACAAUAAUACUCAAACUGGAGAGAAAACAUUUGAAUGUCAUGUAUGUAGGAAAGCCUUCAGUAAAAGUUCUAACCUUAGACGACAUGAGAUGAUUCACACUGGAGUGAAACCACAUGGAUGUCAUCUGUGUGGGAAAUCCUUUACUCAUUGUUCUGACCUUAGAAAACAUGAAAGAAUUCACACUGGAGAGAAAUUAUAUGGAUGUCAUCUGUGUGGGAAAGCCUUCAGUAAAAGUUAUAACCUUAGGCGACAUGAGAUGAUUCACACUAGAGAGAAACCAAAUGAAUGUCAUCUGUGUGGGAAAGCCUUCACUCAUUGUUCUGACCUUAGAAAACAUGAGAGAACUCACUUUGGAGAGAAACCAUAUGGAUGCCAUCUAUGUGGGAAGACAUUCAGUAAAACUUCUUACCUUAGACAACAUGAGAGAACUCACAAUGGAGAGAAACCAUAUGAAUGUCUUCUAUGUGGGAAGGCCUUCACUCAUUGUUCUCACCUUAGAAAACAUGAGAGAACUCACACUGGAGAGAAACCAUAUGAAUGUCAUCUAUGUGGAAAAGCCUUCACUGAGUCUUCUGUCCUUAGACGACAUGAGAGAACUCACACUGGAGAGAAACCAUAUGAAUGUCAUCUGUGUUGGAAAGCCUUCACUGAUUCCUCUGUCCUUAAGCGACAUGAGAGAACUCACACUGGAGAAAAACCAUAUGAAUGUCACCUAUGUGGGAAAGCCUUCAAUCACUCUUCUGUCCUUAGACGACACGAAAGAACUCACACUGGUGAGAAACCAUAUGAAUGCAAUAUAUGUGGGAAAGCCUUCAAUAGAAGUUAUAACUUUAGAUUGCAUAAGAGAAUUCACACUGGAGAAAAACCGCAUAAAUGUUAUCUAUGUGGGAAAGCCUUCAGUAAAUAUUUUAACCUUAGACAACACGAGAGAACUCAUGCUGUAAAGGUAAUAAAUGUGGAAGAUCCACCACCCAUAGCUUCAAAGUAUAAACACUAUUGUGGACUCACACAGUGAAGAAAUACUAUGUUUAUAUUCAGUGUAUAAGAGCCUUUAUUCGUCCUUAUUACUCCACUCAACUAAAGUUCAUUCAAAGUGGACAGAAUCCAUAUGUAUGUCACCUAUAUAACAAAACAUUUAGCAGUGGACUCAGAUGGGAGAACUGAAACUGCAAAUGGAAUGAAUGGGGAAGAAUCUUCAUCCUCAGCUGUAACUGUUAAACUAAAUGGAUAAAUCACAUGUCAGAGAAAUUCUAUGUCUGUAAUCAGUGUGGAAAUGCCUUGAGUUAUAAGUUAUCCUUUAAAUAAAU